AUGCCUUCCCCCCUUCCCCUCCUCCCUCUCUUCCUCUUCACAACGAUAACCCUAACCACCACCACAACCACCGCCCAAUACCUCAAAGACAUCAACCCCAUCGCGGUCGACUACCCCGUUCACGUCGACUUCGUCCCGGACUCCACCCACCUCGCCGACCUCGAAUCCCCCAAAUUAUCCGAAGUCAACACCACCGUCUUCGAAUGGUGGUACUUCGACGCCGUCUCCUCCACUAACCCCAAUGCCUCUAUUGUCCUCACCUUCUUCACCACCACUGCUACUGCAUUCCCUGCCGUCCCGCAGAACCUCUCCUCCGUCCUGCUCACCUACGUCUGGGCUACCUUGCCGAAUGGUACCACUGUGUCUCAGAAUAUCGUCCCCAUCGAUGCGUCGGUGAUGGGCGAUCGCGAGCUCGCUCCACCACUCCUGCCCUGCUCGACGCCUCAGCAGACGAAUCGGGCGUUGGGACUCGGUGAGGGUUUGGGAUGGGUGAGUAUGGUGCCGGAUUCGCAUGCUAUGGUGGAUUUGGUGGUCGAUGGGGAGAAGGUGCAGUUUAUGGGGUUUGGGUAUCAUGAUAAGAAUUGGGGAAAUCGCCCGUUCCAAAAUACCGUCAAGACUUGGUCUUGGGGCCAUGUGCAUAUUGGACAGUAUGCGUUGGUGUGGCUGCAGUACACGCCUCGAGAGGGAGGGGAUAAGAACAACACCACGCCGAUUGUGAGCGCCUAUCUGGCGCGGGAUGGGAAGGUCAUGCAGUCGGGCUGCCGUAACAGUAUUAUCAAUAUCGAUGAGAGGAUGACGGCGAGUAGCUACGGCGUGGAUGUGGCGAUGGACGAUGUGCAGCUGCGGAUCCAAGGGACUGUGGAAGUAGCUGGUGAUGGGAAGAAUUAUUUCCGGUGGAAUGGGGUAGUUUCGGGGACAGUGGAGGGCCAGAAACUGGAUGGGGGAGUAGCUGUGUUUGAAGGGUUCCGGUUGUAG